CGUGGCGGCGGGCGCGGACGUGUCGGUGCCGCCGCGCCAUGGGGGAGCCGCCGCGGCGGCCCCGGCAGCUCUUCCUGGCCGGGCUGGCCGCCGUCUACCUCGCCGCCUUCGCCUCGCUCUACGUGCAGAUCCCCGGGCUGUACGGGAGAGAUGGCAUCCUGCCGGCUCGCAAGGUGCUGCACAUCACUGGGAAGGGGCUCUGGGAGCAGCUUCGCGACUUCCCUACGCUGCUGUGGCUCAGCCCGAGCCUGGGCCUGGACACAGAGCUGGGCAUGGAGCUGCUCUGCCUUGCCGGCGUGCUGGCCUCCUUCGGCGCCAUGGUGUUUGAGCCCCUACGGGACAGCCUCGUCUUUGCCCUGCUCUGGGUGCUCUAUCUCUCCGUCUAUCAGGUGGGACAGGUGUUCCUGUACUUCCAGUGGGACAGCCUCCUGCUGGAAGCGGGUUUCCUGGCCGUGCUCGUGGCCCCCCUGCACCUGCUGAAGUGGCGCUCAACGGCCUGGCGCGCUCACGACAGUGUCACCUUCUGGCUGGUGCGCUGGCUGCUCUUCCGCCUCAUGUUCGCCUCCGGCGUCGUGAAGCUCACCAGCCGCUGCCCCACGUGGUGGGGGCUCACAGCUCUCACCUACCACUACGAGACCCAGUGCAUCCCCAUGCCAGUCGCCUGGUUUGCCCACCAGCUCCCUGUGUGGGUCCAGAAGUUCAGCGUGGUGGCCACCUACAUCAUCGAGAUUGCCAUCCCGCUGCUGUUCUUUGCACCUAUCCGCCGCCUCCGGCUCUUUGCCUUCUACAGCCAGGUUCUGCUGCAGGUGCUUAUCAUCCUCACGGGUAACUACAACUUCUUCAAUGCACUCACCAUUGUCCUGGCCUUCUCCCUGCUGGACGAGGAGCAUGUGGGGCGCUGGCUGGGGCGCAGUAAGAGGAGACACGCCAGCACCUGGCCUCCUGGCCUGCGGUCAUUCCUUGGCAUGCUGCUGGAGCUGACUGUGUACAGCUUACUGAUCUACUGGAGCGUUCACUACUUUGGCCUGGAGAUCAACUGGGAGAAGAAGCUGCUGGACUCCAAAGUAGCCUUCACGUACCACGAGUUCACUAAGUGGCUGCAGGCAGUGACUCUGCCCCUAGUGGGGCUGGGCUUCCUCUCACUGUCCUGGGAGAUCCUGUCUGCCAUGUACAGGUGUGUCUGUGUUCGUGGCUUCUUCUGGAAGCUCUGGGCCACGCUGCAGUGGGCUGUCUUUGCCACAGCAACCAUGGGGAUGUUCGCUAUCAGCUUGGUGCCCUUCACCUACAUAGACUAUGAGUCGAAUGGCAAGCUGUGGCCUGGCAUCCACCAGAUGUUCAACGCAGUCGAGCGCUUCCAGGUGGUGAACUCCUACGGGCUCUUCCGCAGGAUGACGGGCGUCGGGGGGCGGCCCGAAGUGGUGCUGGAGGGCAGCUACGACAAGCGGAUAUGGACGGAGAUCGAGUUCAUGUACAAGCCGGGGAACCUCAGCACAGCUCCCCCCGUGGUUGCCCCGCACCAGCCCCGUCUCGACUGGCAGAUGUGGUUCGCGGCCCUGGCGCACCACAGCAGCAGCCCCUGGUUCACCAGCUUCGUCUACCGCCUGCUGCAGGGCAGGAAGGAAGUGAUCCGCCUGGUGCAAGCUGACGAGUCGAAGUACCCGUUCAGCUCGCAGCCGCCUGUCUACAUCCGCGCCCAGCUCUACAAGUACUGGUUCACAGACAGCGCGGAGGCAAGGGAGGGGGCCGCACCAUGGUGGCGGCGACAGCACGUGCAGGAGUUCUUCCCCACCGUGUCCCUGGGUGACCCCACGCUGGAGAACCUGCUGAACCAGCACGGGCUGAAGGACAAGACGCCUCUGAAGCGCCCCACGGACGCCUUCCUGCCUUGGCUCCUGCAGUCCGUCCGUGAGCACAGCCGGCCCUACUCCGGCCCCACUGUGCUCUGGUCCCUGUACCUCAUCGCAGCUACCAUUUGCCUCUUGCGGGCUCUGGGCCACCGGCCCCGGGGGGGCGCACCCCCGGGCCGCCACAAAGGCCCCAAGCGGGGGGACCCUGCGGACCGAGGGGGCAGCGAGAAGAACGGGCAGGUGAAGAAGAAGGAAGCCAAAGAGGCAGAAGAGAAAGCCGAGGGCCGUGCCCGGGGGGGUGGCGAGAGCCAUGCCGAUGGCCUCCGCGGCAAGAAGAAGAAGUAAUGCCUGGAGCCCCCGGCCCAGGACCUGUCUUCCAAGCACUGACUGCCAUCACUGGCUCUGGGCCCUGCUGCCUCCUCUCUCCCCGGCUGGCUCUUCUCAGCACUGUGCUCGCAGGGCAGCCGGAUCCCAUCUCUGCCGCAGCCUGCGUCCCUGGGGCAGAGCUCCCUGCCCUCCUGCGUGCUGGCGGGGACGCAGCAGACUGACCCCUGCCGCAGCGGUGACGCUGCCCGCCCCGGGUGAGUUUGCUGUUCUCUCCCCUGCCGGUGCCUUCGUCCACAACAUGGUCAUUGCUCACGGGUGGCAGUUGCCCUGGGCUGCCUGCUCCAGCCUUGUGGCCGGGCAGGAGAAGGGGGCAGGCUCCAUCACAGCCUUGCAGCACGUGGAGAGCGGAGGCUGAGCAUCCUUUCCCCUGUGCGUGGGGCUGGAGCUGUGCCUCUGCCUCCCUGCACCUUGCUCGGUCCUGCGGUGGGCUGUGCCGUAGCGCAAGGGGCAGCGAGCGCAGCAGGGCUCUCCUCUUGCGCAGAAGCGGCUUUGGGGAGGCCGCAGCACCACAGCACAAGGUCUCCUGGCUCUACUGCGCACGAGUUCCCCCAGCCCCCUCUGCUGCCUUAGCUGCCCCUGCCUGGCUGCUUCCCGGCCCAGUCCUUGGGGCGGCUCAGAGCUGCUGCCUGUGCCCGUGGCUGCAAGCCAUCUCUGCCCACCUCCCCCGGCAGGAGGGCUCUGGCUGUAACGUGCUUCCCAUCAGCUCAUCAGUGAGCACAAAGGUUUCCUAUAAUUUUCUAAAUAAAGCCUUUGACAUUCCA